AUGGAGCCGCAGCUGCAAGACGCGCGCAUAUCCUUCGCCGAGUUCUCAUCGCUGGCCCAUGUCAGGCGCCACCUGCACCGCCUCGCAUUCGCCAUAGAGUUCUCACAGCGGAUAGGGCGCCCCGUGGAGAGGCAGGACUUUGCAAAGCUGACUCAGCGGCUGGUGGGCGUGAAGCUCACGCCCAACGUGGUGGAUAUCCUGUUCGCGGUGUGCGCCGACGGGGAGGGGAAGCUGGACGGGCACGCCUUUGUCAAGCUGAUGCGGGCGCGCGAGAGGAUGCCCGGGAGGAAGGCCUCCCAUUUCGCGGAGCAGGGGGAGCUGGGGCCUGUGUCGCGGCUGUUUGUGUGCUUCAAGGACUGCAUCUUGGACCCAGACGAGAGGGUCGACCAGCCCGAGGAUGACUGA